CUGCACACCACACACAUUCCAGUUGGAAGCAGGGAGACCUUCGGAGGGAUGCAUCCAAGGCCACACAGAGUUGCCGUUUGGUAGAUUCCAGUGUCAACAGGCUUUGAACAUGCCUUCUGUCUCCAUAAUAAGUCGUGUCUCUCAAGUCCUUUAGCCAAGAGGACUGCUCAGUGACCAUAACAAAAUCCUGCCUUUGAGAAACUUGGAGGGAGGGGACAUCUGGAAUGUGAAUACUGAUUUGUUUAUACGCUGGAUAAACUAGGGGGGGGAGUAAAUUGGCAUUUGUGCUGCCCAAUGGGCUCCUGGAAGACUGCACUGUGAACCAGUUUGCAGAGACCUCUUCUUCUGAGGGUGCCCGUGAGCCUACCAGGCUGAGGCCAAAGUGGGGCUCAACAGUGACGGCCAUGAGGGCCAGCCUCAGAGCCGCCAUACCAAAGUCACAGUUGUGCAGAUAUUAGGGACAUCCCUAGAGCCAAGGUCAAGAAUUAGGAGUUAAGAAGAAAGACCAGCUGCAUCUGCAGAAGCGGGGGCCUGCCGUAAGCCCUAAAAUGUGACUCCUCACAUGAUCCCACUGUGAUCGCUGCGUGGGUGGAGCUUGCAGCCAGCUCUCCAGCUCUGAGGUACACGGUUUACAGAGCAGCCAAGGAACACCACUACACCAGGACUAUAGCCAGUCCACAGAGGCCCGGGCCACCUGUCUCCUGGGCUUUUCCAAUUCAUGUGGAGGAUGGAAGAGGGAGAAAGCAGCCCCUUGUUGUCUCAGGAUACCGCUGGCCAGGAGCAGCCACUCACUAGGAACAGUCCACAUACUCCAAACAUCCCGGGUCCAGCACUUUGGGAGGAUCAGGUAGGGACCUGGGGCUGCAGAUGCUGUCCUGUGGCAGAGCACCAGGCCCGGAGGAAAGGCCAGGCCUCCUCUCUCCCACUUUCCACAGGAGGGAGCUGUGUCAAGUAUCUGACUUUCCUCUCCAACUUCUUCUUCUCCCUGCUGGCCGUAUUGGCCCUGGCAGCAGGGCUCUGGGGCCUGGCCGUCAAACAGUCUCCGGAGAGUGGCUGGGAUGGAGCCCUGCCCACAGACCCCAUGUUGGUGCUGGUGCUGGGAGGCCUGGUGGUCAGUGUCGUGAGCCUGUCUGGAUGUCUGGGCGCUCUCUGCAAGAACAGAUGCCUACUGCACUUCUACUGUGGAGCUGUCCUCCUCUGCCUAGCAUUGGAAGCCCUGGCAGGGACUCUGGUGGUGGCCCUCUGGGGCCCACUGCAGGAUGGCCUGAAGUAUUCCCUGCAUGUGGCCAUCGUCCGCUACCGGGAUGACCCAGACCUAUGCUUCCUCCUCGACCAAGUCCAGCUGGGGCUGCAAUGCUGUGGGGCAGUUUCCUACCAGGACUGGCAACAGAAUCUGUACUUUAACUGCAGCUCUCCCGGGGUACAAGCCUGCAGCCUUCCUGCCUCCUGCUGCAUCGACCCCCAGGAAGAAGGAGCUUUGGUGAACACUCAGUGUGGCUUUGGGGUGUUGCGCCUGGACCCAGAUGCAGCUGGACAAGUAGUAUACCUGCAGGGCUGCUGGCCCGUGCUGCAACAGUGGCUGCGAGGGAGCAUGCAGACCAUAGGCAGCUGUGCCGUCACUGUCGUCAUGAUUCAAGGGACUGAACUCCUGUUAGCUGCCUGCCUGCUAAGGGCCCUAGCUGUCCAAAAGGCAGCAGCAGAGGACACAGAGCCCGACCCUCUGUGACGUGCCAGCACCAUUGUCCCCCCCACUGAGCAGAGUUGAGAAGACUCUGUCACAGGCCAAGUUCCAGGCCUCUCAUCUUCCAGGGACAGUAUCAGAGUAACUCUCCAUGGGACAGACACCUGGACUCCACUCCUGGCCAUUGCCCCUUUGAUACAGCUGUCAGUCCCCAAGGCCACCUAGACUGACUGUGCUGCCCUGAUUUCACAAUUUCACUCCUGGUUUCUCAGGACCCGUCUCAGCCCCAUGGCUGGCUUUUGCAAAGGCUACGGUGGUAGUCUGUACCUGAGUGCACCUGCUUCCCAUUAGGCUGACAGAAAGAGGAGGGCUGAGGGUUCCUGUUUCCAGCCUCAGUCACCUACCCUGAUCUGACUUACCCUGACUGGCUCUAGAUCCCCAUUUCCGCAGGACUGGCUUCCUAUAGGCCUCCUCCUGCUUUCUGGUCUUAGUUGAGAUGUGAGGUAUGACCUAGGCCACACCCUGUAGAAAGCUUUUUUUUAUUUUUGGUAGGAGGAAGACUUAUUUAUUGGUGUGUGCAUUCAUGUUUGCAGAGUAAACUACAGAUCUCUCAA